AUGCCUCCCAAGAAGACUGAGGGCGCUGCCGCCGCUCCUGCUACCAAGACCAAGUCCACACACGCCAGCUACCAGGACAUGAUUACUGACGCCAUUGUCGCUCUCAAGGACCGCAAUGGAUCUUCCCGCCAGUCCCUGAAGAAGUACGUCAAGGCCAACAACCAGAUCAACACCGUCACCGACAACAUGUUCGACUCCUUGUUCAACAAGGCCCUCCGCACUGGUGUUGACAAGGGUGUCUUCGAGCAGCCCAAGGGCCCCUCUGGUGGCACCAAGCUGGCUAAGAAGGCCCCUAAGCCUGCUGAGAAGAAGGAGAAGAAGCCUGUCGAGAAGAAGGCCCCCGCCAAGAAGGAGGCGAAGGAGCCCAAGGAGAAGAAGGCCGCCGCCCCCAAGAAGGCUGCCGCUGCCAAGAAGGAGACCAAGGAGUCCAAGGAGAAGAAGGCUGCCGCUCCCAAGAAGGCCGCUGCCCCCAAGAAGGCCGCCGCCGACAAGAAGGAGAAGAAGCCUGCUGCCAAGAAGGCUGCCGCCGAGAAGCCCUCCAAGGAGGAGAAGCCUGCUGUCCUCAGCAAGACCAAGACCGGUCGCGUCACCAAGACGGAGAAGAAGGCGCCCGCCGCCAAGAAGGAGACCAAGGAGCCUAAGGAGAAGAAGGCCGCCGCUCCCAAGAAGACCGCUCCGGCGAAGGCCCCCGCGCCGAAGAAGGCGGCGCCCAAGAAGGCCGCCGACAAGAAGGAGGCCAAGGCCGACGCUCCCGCCGCCGCUGAAUAA